AUGGAAGGUGGUGGUUUUGGGUAUGUGAAUUUACGAAACAACCCUUCUUCGUAUCAGCCCAGUCUUCCAUUUGCAGCCAUAGAGAGGUUCGUGUUGGCCGGAAAAAACCUUGGCAAUGGUCUCUCCUCUUCUUAUGGUGGUGCAACUGGUGGCUACUCAGUCGACGAAGGGUUUUCGUGGCCGAGUUUGGUGGAGAAAAAUUGCAUUGGAGACAUUAAUCAUCAUCUCCUUCUUUUCGAUAUCCAAAGAAAUGUGGUGAAUCCUAACUUGCACUUGGACGAGGAAGAUGGAUCAAGAGAGAGGAACUCGAAAGGGAUUGAAAAGAGAGCGAAAGGAGGCUCUUUCAUAAAUCUGAUCAAAGGGCAAUGGACUGAUGAAGAAGACAGGAAAUUGCUUAAGUUGGUGAAGAAACAUGGAGACAAGAAAUGGGCUCAAGUAGCCAAGCAGAUGGUAGGCAGGGCCGGAAAGCAAUGCCGCGAGCGAUGGCACAAUCAUUUGCGGCCUGAUAUCAAGAAAGAUACAUGGAGCGAAGAAGAAGAGAGGAUGUUGAUUCAAGCUCAUAAAAUACUUGGGAAUAGAUGGGCAGAAAUCGCCAAGCGAAUUCCAGGAAGGACCGAAAAUUCAAUAAAGAACCACUGGAAUGCCACCAAAAGAAGACAAAAUUCAAAGAGAACAAUCAAGAAACAAGAGGGCAAAAUUGGAAAAUCAAAACUGUCUUUACUCCAAGACUACAUCAAGAAUCUCAACCACAAAACCACCACCACCAUUCCCACUACCACCACCACCCCCACCCCCACUUCCACUGGCUCCACUAUCAUUGAAGAAUCACCCAACCAAUUUUCACUUUCUUCUAGCGGCAUGUCCGAGUCAUCCAUUGAUGACUCUCCACAGUUGAUGAACCAAACACAUGACGACGAACUCAACUUCAUCAUAAACUUCUUUGGUGAUACAAUUGAGAAAAACCCUUUUGCGGUGGAGGCAAAACUAGAUCAAAAUGAUCUAGUUCGUUCGAAGGAAGAACUUCCUAGGACUCAUUUGGCUUCUGAUCUUUACCUCUCCUAUCUGUUGGACGGACCUUUGGUUGCUUCGCCUUCCCUGGAUUAUUACUCUGAUAACAUAAAGGUGGUGGAUUCCAUAACUGGUCAAGCUUCUUGCAGUGGGAAGAAAGAUAUGGAUUUGAUGGAGAUGGUUGAUGCAACUCAAUUUUCUCUGGGUGGUAACUGGCAAUAUUGAGUAGCUUGUGUUCCAAUUGCGUCUCUCUCUC